CCGGACUCUUCACUCUAGAGUGUACUGUGGCAAGGUUAGCAGGUGGACGCUGCUCUCGCCAGAAUAUCUGACUCGAGUUAUAACUCCUGUGAACUGGAACACAUAUUUGUGACAGUGGAACGUGUUCGUUCCGUGACGCUUGUUACCGUCAUGGCGACCAACAAGUUAGCUAUGAAGUUCAGAAGCAUCACCUAUCCCAACCACGAGGCUUCCAGUCAGAAAAAGCAUCGGAAAAGGCUGCAGAGGAUGCAGAGCUUCGACUUCAGUCAGAAUGAGCCUUCGACGGUGCCUGUGAAGUCGAGCGUCAGUAGGCGGGAGGUGUCGGCCGAGGGGCGGCUCCGAGCGCAGCAGUUCCAAGACACACACACGGUCUCGGCCAACUUAGCCCCAGGUCAGAAGUUGUUGAGGUUUUCGGACGAGUGUUGGUGCAGCCCAGCCGGGGAGCAGCUAGGUCGCCCCCACCCAGCCACAGCUGGGUGCCUCACCUCGCCCAAAUCGAAGCCUGGAGCCGCCGUCAGACUAGGCGUCACCAACGUGGAGAGACUGGUGGAUUGGCAGCGACAGUCACCGGAGAAACACAUCGUCAGCUCAAACAGUCAAGACCACAGUCAACGACACAGCCGUUCCAAAGAACGUCGCAGCGAUCGCGACUCGACCAGCAGCGAACGACGCAGUCACUACUGUGCCUCCGUCAGUCUUCCACCACCCACCAAGUCCCCCGAACAGAACACCGCUGCCAACGCAACAACGACCACCACAGCUACCUCAGAGAGCCGAGGACGACGCUCGCAGUUCCGUCGAGCAUGGUCGCUCUUCUCUCUCACGUGCGACAAGGAAGUGGAACGCAGGGAGAAAUCCCCUCAGCAGCGGAUCCUGCGGCCACCCACCCGUCAUUUCUACCGUAGAGGACUCUCAGGCCUCCCCAUCGAGUGCUCCACCAGAUACCUCGGACUUGCCUACUGAUUUUCAGCCGAGGCGGACCCGACAGCCCGCCCCGGACCGUGGACACGUUAAUACUGCGAGAGUGAAGCUGCUCUUUCCAAGAGAGACAAUUUUCUCCGCAAUUGGUGCAUUUGAAGGAAAUAAUACAUCGAACAUUGUUGAGUGCUGGUCCCGCCAGCCUCUUGUUGCUAAUUGCUCCAUAAAAAAGUGUGUUUGAUUCAUACUAUAGUGGUGCGUAGCGUCUCCCGCCGCUGGAGACUUGGUAGGUGUACAGCCUCGAGGCUGAAGGCACGUUGGGAAUUGUUUCCUGUGAGAUCGAAUAGCCCGCUCAGGUGUUUUGAGCACUUCGAUUCCUUGGUGGUUAUGUUAGAAGAUGGUUAUCGUGUUGUCAAUAAAAGCUCACCAAAGAUAUCUGUGACAUAUGACUAGAUAAUUUUAUAUUAUUAAACACAAUCCAGCUUGACAUUUAAACGAAAGAUCUCUAAAGAAGUACAUUUUAUAUCUUCGUUAUGCAUCAUUACGUGACAUGAACGUUGGAAACCAGCAAUAUUUCUGAUAUUCCUUCUCGGGAUUUUUUGUUUUUGUUUAUAAACGUCUUGCUGUAAUUUUUCAGUCUUCACACCCUGAGAUUUACACACAGACAGACAGACAGACAGAUGAAAUGUGAUGUUCCUUGCCUUGGUGUCUUCUAGCAGGUGGACUUGUAAAAUACUUGAUAAGUGGCCUUCUAUACACUAGAUUUUUUCACCAAACAUUUGCAUUUGAGUGACCCCUGAGUGUCCUAACUUCCCAUACCUUUAACGGUAUUUCCUACUGUUAAAUAUACGAUAUACUGUGUAUGGAUAAACUUCCCAUGUGAACCGUGUAUGUGUUUUUAAAGUUUUGUACAUAAAUUUAAUAUAAUCGUUGAAUAAACUUUGACACCUUG